AUGAGGGCUCUCUUUAGCAUCUCUCUUUCCCAGAACGCGCGAGAGUCGAGGUGGCUGCCACUCAGGCUCAGCUGUGCAGUAAUCUCCGAUUACAUUGGCAGGAAUCCAGUGCAGUGCGCCUCACAUGUUACGCUAACCUCUCCCGAACCCAAGCAAAACCCAUGGCUGCCGCAAUCCACUGCUCCUCGGCUCUCCACUCCCUAAAACCGCCGCCGCUUCCUCCUCAGCUCUCUAGCCUCAGACCGUCUCUCCUCUCUGCCAACAAACACCCAAACCGGAGGAAGAACAAUAACCUCUCCGGAUACAGACUCUGCAGAGCGGAGUUCUCAAACGACGCGCCGUUCGCCGCCGCCAUCGGCGCCUGCAUGCUCUCGUCCCUGGUGCUUCCUGUCAGCACUCCCGACGACGAUGACAGUGGGGGUUCGCCGAUGGAUUCCACCGAUGCCAGGUUUGCCGUCAUGGGCAUCGUCAGCUUCAUUCCCUACUUCAAUUGGCUGAGUUGGAUUUUUGCUUGGCUGGAUACCGGAAAACGGCGGUAUGCGGUGUAUGCGCUUGUGUACUUGGUUCCCUACCUGAGGACGAAUUUGUCGCUGUCGCCUGAGGAGAGCUGGCUGCCUGUUGCUAGCAUCGUUUUCUGCAUUAUUCAUGUCCAGCUGGAAGCAAGUAUUAAAAAUGGAGAUCUUCAGGGCUUUCAACUCUUUAAGGAGGCUGCAAAGCAUCUCUCGUCAACGGCUAGAAGGAAAGAUCAUCAGAGUGGGUAUCAAGGAACCUCUGAGGAGAAGGGGAAGAACAGGGAGAAUAACAACCUUCCAUCCAGUGAAGAACAAUCGAGAAACGGGAUUGAUGACUGGGGACUUCCCAAGAGGCCCUUACAAGAUCAUGAGGGCGCCAAUGAAGAUUGGGAAAAAAAUGAAAGGAGGAAACAUUAGAAGGUCAGAGUUGGAUGCAAGCAAUUUCUAUUUGAAAACGCAGCCGUUGCACCCAGACAAAGUACUAUGAAUGUUUGAUAGUCAUCUUUUACUAAAUAAAGUACUAUGAGUCGUGAUAGAUACCAUACACAGAAUGUAGUCCGAUAUCACUAUCUGCACACUGAUAUGAAUUAGAACAUGUUGAUGAAGAUGAAUUCACAUGUAGAGUGUAGAAUCCAUUUCGACACCAUUGAUAUGAAUUUGUUUAUCGAUUAAGUUAUUUUGUUUUACGAAAUGAGAGAUGAAGAUGAAAUACAAGAUCGCGAACUAAUCAUUUUAUU